AUGGUCUCAGAAAUAAUAAUAAAUCAUAAUGAGAAAAAAACAGAAAGCUUUAGAGAAGAAAUACAGAAAAAACAACCUAGAAUUAUUGAAGUUCCUUUGAAAGAACAAGGACAACUUGUCGAAAUCGAUUGUGCAACACUUCCAGAAGAUGCAAUGGAACUUUGUGAAAUUUUAGAAUGUGAAAGUGCUUCAAAAGAACUAUGGAUUCAGUUUUCUUAUGAGUAUCGGCGACAAGGAUAUGUGAAUCAAGCAAUUGAUAUCUUAACACGAGGCUUAAAGGCGGAUAUAUCUCGAGAAAAUAAACUGCCUCUGUAUUCUAUGCUUGCAGCAUUAUAUUUAGAAAAAGCACGUAGAGCACCUAAAACUACAAACCAGGAACACUCCGAAUCAACAAUACAAACAAAAGAUUAUUACCAUCAGCAAGUAACUCAAGCAUUGAAUGAAGCAAAUAGAAUUGAUUUUUCAUUUUUGCCAAAUAUCCUUACAAGAGCAGUUUGGAAUAUUAUGCGAGCAGCAUCAGAAAAAACAUUAAUGGAUCAAGCAGGAAAGUAUUUUGAUAGUGUCUUAAAAACAGAUCGGAACAAUUUAUUUGCAAUGCUUGGAAAAGCACGAAUUCUUUUUUCACAUAAAAAUUAUACAGGAGCGUUAAAACUUUAUCAAACAAUUUUGUCAUCAAAGCCUGAUUUUAUUCCGGAUCCAAGAAUUGGAAUUGGACUUUGUUUUUGGGAAUUAAAUAUGAAACAAGACGCCAAAGCAGCGUGGGAAAGAUCUCUAGAAUUAGAUUCAAAGAAUGUAUCAUCAAAUACACUUUUAGCAUUAUACCAUCUUUAUUCUGCUUUUUCUAAAACAGGAACAUCUGAAUUUUUGGAAGAAUAUAAAAAAUCAUUGCAAUACGCUCAAAAUGCAUACAAAGAAUCACAAGAAGCAUCUUAUUCUGCAAACAUUUUAUCAUCUUAUUUUUUUUCUAAAAAGAAUAUCAAUUCAGUUAUCAAACUAUCCGAAAAAGCAUUACAAUACGCAGAUACUAACUCACUAAUAAGUGAUAGUCUAUUCUUGAUGGCAAGGGCAUAUCAUUAUAUGAAAAACUAUGAAAAAGCUUCUGGAUUAUAUCAACAUUCAUAUAAUACCAAAGAAAGUAAUUUUAUUUCAGCAAUUGGGUUAGGACAAAUAAAACUUAUUCAAGAUGACAUUAUUGGUGCAAAAUUAAUAUUUGAAAAAAUCACAGAGCAAAAUCCCAAGUGUAUAGAAGCACUAACGAUACUUGGAUCGAUAUAUACUUAUGAAAUAUUAUCUAUAAAUUCAAAGAAUGAUAAACAAUUAGAAAAACAAAAAGCAAAAUCAUUAUUAGAACGUGCAAUACUUUUAAUAAAUAAUUCGACAGAAAGGGAUUUUUCUGAUUCAGGGAUUUUUAUAACGUUAGCAGCUCUUUGUGAAGAUGAAGACAAUAAUAUUAGUCUAGAAUCAUAUGAACGUGCACUAAAUUUAGAACACAGAUUUCCUACUAAUAUUCUUCCUCAAUUAUUAAAUAACAUAGGCGUCCUUUACCAUACUAAAGAAAAUCUCAUAAAUGCUAGACAAUUUUAUCAGGAUGCUUUGAAUCAAUGUGUUUCUAUUGGACAACAAGAAAACAAUACUACUGAUGUUGAUGCAUUAGUAACAACCCUAACAUAUAAUCUUGCACGUUGUGAAGAACAGGCUGAAAAUUAUGAAGAAGCAAAAAAGUUUUAUGAAGAAUUAUUACAAAGACAUCCAGAUUAUGUAGAAGCACGUGUUCGUUUAUGUCAUAUGGAAAUCAUGAAAGGAGGAACAGAAGAUACAUCUAAAAAAAUUAAACGCCUUAUAGAAACGGAUCCAGAUAAUCUAGAUGUCCGAGCAUAUUUUGGAUGGUAUCUUAGCCGACAAAAAUGGAAUAAAGCUUCAAAUGAUAAUCCAGAACAAAGACAUUAUACUCACACAUUAAAAUACUUUGAUAAACAUGAUAGAUAUUCAUUAACUGCUAUGGGUAAUCUUAAUUUGCGUAUAGCUCGAGAAUCACGUCCUACCACAGACAUAGAAAAGGAGAAAAGACAAAAAAUUUAUGAAAAGGCAGUAGAAUUUUUCGAUAAAGCUUUACAGCUUGAUCCUAAAAAUGCAUAUGCAGCACAAGGAAUCGCUAUAGCAUUGGCAGAGAAUAAACAGCACGCAAAAGCUUUAUUAAUAUUAAGUAAAGUACGAGAAACAUUAAAAAAUGAAUCCGUAUACAUAAAUAUGGGUCAUUGUUUAACUGAAAUGAAACAAUAUUCUAGAGCAAUAGAAUCAUAUGAAUUAGCUUUAAAUAAAUACCAAAAUCGAAGCAAUCUGAUAACAUUUUCUUCUCUUGGAAAAGCUUGGUUACAAAGAGGAAAAGAAGAAAGAAGUCUUUUAGCAUUAAAAGAAGCUCUUAAAUAUACAGAAAAAGCAUUGAAACUGCAACCAAAUAACACAGCUAUUAUUUUUAAUAUUGCAUUUAUUCAAUUUAAAUUUGCUGAAAUAGCAAGAAUACUGCCAGAAAAUAGAAGAUCUGUAGAUGAUUUGGAAUAUGCCUUGAAAAUUUUAAAUAAUGCUAUUGAUACAUUUUCAGACUUAGCAAAUUCUAAACAUCCUCCUUAUUCUAAAGAAGAUAUUCAACAACGUGCUAACAUGGGCCGCAAUACUACACUUAGACAACUUGAACGAGCAAUACAACAACAAAAAGAAUUUGAAAGUACUAAUUUAGCAAAAUUGGAUAGUGCUCGACAGAAGAGAAAAGAAGAACAGGAAAGAAAACAAGCAGAAGCAGAAGCAUUGCGUGCUUCAGAAGAAAAGAAACAAAGAGAAUUAGCAGAAGAACGAAGAAUUAUGCAAGAACAAAUAAAGGAAUGGGCCAUGAAAAGAAAAGAGGAAAAUUCUAUUAUAGAAGAUGAUACAGAAAAAGAUAAAGAUUCAGAUGACCAAGGAAAGUCAAAAAAGAAAAACAAGCAGAAGAAAAAAAAACAAAAAAAACUAGAAAAUGAAGACUCAGAAAUUUCAACAGAAACAGAGGAACAAAACAAUUAUGAUAAUGAGAAACAAAAAAAAACUAAAACAAACGAACAACCAAAAAAAAAAAGAAAAAUAUCUAAAAUUAGUUCUAAAAGAGAAAUUAUAAACAGUGAUGAUGAAGCUGAAAAUUAUAAGGAUAAAGAAAUGCUCAAUAUAUCGGAUGAGACACAUAUUACAAAAGAAUAUGAUAAAAACAACUUAUUCGGCAGUGAUAUUGAAGUAGAGAUUUUAACAUUAUUUACAUUUAGAACUAAUUAA